AUGGCUGAAAGAGAAAGAUUUUCCAGCUAACGAAAACUUCCAACCUUAGAUUUUGUAUAAGCUAAUCGAAUCCCAACUGAGGGUAUCAAUGUCAAUAUCACAGUCUAGUCGGGUGAUGCUUAAUUUGUUAGUUUUCGAUCUUUAAAUGAGUUGAAUCCAAAACUUCGUUUUCCUACUAACUCCAUAGAUUAAUCCUCAUAACAAUUAAACUAAACCAUCUAGAAGGAUUUGUCUAAAAAUAAGAAAAUGAUCUGCAUGUUAAGGAAGACUCUUUAUAAAUAAGACUAUGAAUAUUAGGGAUAUCAGGAAAACAUAAUUAAACAAAUAAGAACUGUCACCAGAAUACAAAGGUAAGUCAAAAAGGUUCCUCAUCGAAUAGAUCCUGCUAAUAAUGGCAACGAGAAAUCUAACAAUAUACAAUAAAUUGCCAAAAAAAAAGUGUCAUUUCCUAUGUACUUUAAUGGGGCAUUCUUUUCUAAAUUAUAACAUAGUUGGAUACCUGCAAUUCGAGAAAAUACAAUGGCAGCAGAUUUCUAAAACAAAAUAUACAUGUUUGGAGGAAUAGGCAGUGAAGUUAUGGGUGAUUUAAUAGAAUAUGAAAUAUAAACAGGAAAAUUCAGAGAGAUCAAAUAAAAUGGAGACAUCCCUUUAAAUCGUUAUGGCCAUUGUUUACAUAGCAUAGGUUAUCCAAUGACUUUGUCAACCUAGUUUUCGUAUGAUAAUCAGCAAUACACUUAAAUUAAUGGAAAACAAUUAAUCUUGUAUGGAGGGGAGAUGCAGUAUAAUGCAGCUUUAAGACUAAGAGAAAAUUUAAGUGACACAAGAAUUUUCGAUUUGGAAACUAAAACAUGGCAAUUACUGAAACCAAAUUAUGAAAAUGUUCCUGAAAGUCGUAGAUCUUUUGGGAGUUGUAUAGUUGGAAAAGGAUUAAUCGUUAUGGGUGGUAUUAGAAGUAAAUUUUCAGUUUUCAAUGAUAUUCAUUAUUUGAAUUUAAAUCUAUGUAAAUGGAAUCCAUUAGAUACAUCUAAGAACCCUUUUAAUAAAGGAUUGGCAUUCUAGUAAUUAAUUUGUGCUUAUAAUAAACCAUAAUUAAUCUUUGACAGAAGAGAUACUAGAGGCAAACCUUAUAAACCACUUGAAUAUGAAGGUAUUUACUGUUUUGGAGGAUGCUACAUUGACGAUGAUAAAAACACAUAAUUCUACAACCAUUUUAUGGCUCUCUUAAAAUUAGAUUAACCAAAUAAUCCUUGGGUUAUUCCAGAAACUACAGGUAAGCCACCUCUUCCAAGAAUCUAACAUACUGCUUCGUAUGUCUAAGAAAUGAAUGUUAUAAUUAUCUUUGGUGGUAGAGAUGACUCUAGGAGCAAUCCCUAUUUUAAUGACAUAUUUGCAUAUAAAAUUUUUGAAAAGGAAUGGGUUUAAUUAGAUAUCUAUGGCAAUAUUCCAAGACCAAGAGCCUCUCAUUCUGCUGUGGCUUACAAAAGUCAAGUCUUAUACUUUGGAGGAGUUAGUAUGAAUGGAUAUCUGGAAUUUUCGGUAAAUGUUGCAGAGUUUAAUCAAAACCAGAUUAGACAUUUGCAAGCAGAAAUGAAAGUCCAUGAAUCAACUAUUAAUGUAUAAUCUACAAAAGAGGAAAUUUAAAGGCAGUCAAUUUUAAAUAAAUAGUAUUUUUCUUUACAUUAAAUUGCGCCUAUCUAAAUACCUAGAGAAUUAACAAAGACAGAGGAAGUGAAUAAAAAGAUCUAACAAUUAUCAUUCACUAACUUUCCUCUACAUCUUAAAUGA